AAUGACACAUCACAGCCCUCUGAGUCAACAGUGGUCUAUCUCCAGCGCUAACAACAAGCAAAGGUUAUUACUGCUAGCACGGAAACUAGGACCCACCCACAUUCAGCCCUGACUCUCUGCCUGGCUCUUCCUGAUCUGACGCCCGCAUCUGCCAAGUUCUGAAGAUGAGCUACCCAGGAUACCCUCCUCAGUCUGGAGGAUACCCACCACAGGCGGGAGGUUACCCGCCUCAACCAGGGGCAUAUCCUCCCCAAGCAGGUGGCUACCCACCAGCAGCAGGUGGCUACCCUCCUGCAGCAGGUGGCUACCCACCAGCAGCAGGUGGUUACCCGCCUGCAGGAGGAGGCUUCCCCCCACAGGCAGGCGGAUACCCACCCCAAGCAGGCGGUUAUCCCAGCAGCAGGGGUUAUCCACCACAGGGGGGUGGUUACCCUGCUCCAGCUGGAGGCUUCCCUCCCCAAGCUGGUGGAUACCCUGCACAGCCUGGAGCAGGAGGCUAUCCAUCCAUGCCUGCAGCAGGUGGAGGCUGGGGUGCAGCACCAGGUGGCUAUGGAGCGCCAGGAGGAGCUCCGCAGGGCUAUCCAGGAGGCCCUUCCCCAGGUCAACCCAUGCCAAGUUACCCAGGAGCACCUGCCACCAACCCUUCAAUGCCUGGAUAUGGAAGUGGGGGUCCCUCCAACCCUCAGGCCCCUGCCAUACCUACAGGGUACAGGGGUUCUAUUAAAGACUUUCCAGGGGCUGAUCCACUGAAGGAUGUUGAAGUUCUUCGAAAGGCAAUGAAGGGUUUUGGCACCGAUGAAAAUGCCAUUAUUGAACUUCUGGGAAAUCGUUCAAACAAGCAGAGGGUUCCACUGGUAGCGGCCUAUAAAACUACUUAUGGGAAGGAUUUAACCAAGGAUCUGAAGUCUGAGCUAACUGGAAACUUUGAAAAUCUGGUUCUUGCCAUGCUGAAGACUCCUGCAUACUUUGAUGCAUCUGAACUCAGAGAAGCCAUAAAGGGUGCGGGAACUGAUGAGGCUUGUCUCAUUGAGAUUUUGUCAUCACGCUCCAAUUCAGAGAUUCAGGAAAUUACCAGAAUCUACAAAGCUGAGUACGGGAAGAGCCUGGAGGAUUCUAUUAGCAGCGACACGUCUGGACACUUUCGCAGACUCCUGGUGUCUCUCUGUCAGGGAAAUCGUGAUGAAAGGCCAAAUGUUGACAUCUCUUUGGCCAAACAGGAUGCUCAGAAACUGUACGCUGCAGGAGAAAAUAAGGUGGGAACUGAUGAGUCUCAGUUUAAUGCCAUCCUGUGUGCUCGCAGCAAGCCUCACCUUAGGGCAGUCUUUCAGGAGUACCAGCAUAUGUGCGGGAAGGACAUUGAGAAGAGCAUCUGCAGGGAAAUGUCUGGCAAUCUUGAGUCUGGAAUGGUGGCUGUGGUGAAGUGCAUCAAGAACACCCCCGCUUACUUUGCCGAGAGGCUCAACAAGGCCAUGAAGGGAGCAGGGACAAAGGACACAACCCUCAUCCGUAUCAUGGUGUCCCGCUCCGAGGUAGAUAUGUUGGACAUCAGGCAGGAGUAUCUGAAGACCUACGGAAAAUCACUGUACACUGACAUCUCAGGUGAUACCUCUGGGGAUUACAAGAAGCUGCUGUUGAAGCUGUGUGGAGGUAGUGACUAAAAAGCACUAAGACUCCAAAGGAGCGUGUCUCAAAAGGACAUCAUAUACAUCCACACUGAAACAAUGUUAUAUGACCUUAUAUCCCGUGUGAUGCAUGCAUUUAGUGCCAUUUUUCUGAUUAUUACAUCAAA